CUCACGUUGCACCGUCAAACACAACAGGUCUGUCACCUCUGACUCGCCACCUCCUCUCUGAAGGUUGUAAGAAGGUCUGUCCCGCUGGAUGGAUGCAGUUGGAGAACCGCUGUUUUUUGUACCGGGCUGAAAAAAAACAAUGGGCCGACUCUGAGCUGGAAUGUGUAAAAGACGGGGGGAACCUGCUGUCGCUGCACAGCCAAAAAGAGUACGAGUUCAUCAGAAAUGCCAUCAAAACAAUCACUGGGAGCGACACGCGUGUUUGGACCGGCGGCUACGACAUUGUGAAGGAGGCUGAGUGGAUGUGGACCGACGGCUCCAAGUGGGACUUCACCGCCUGGGGUCCCGGAGAGCCCACCAACGGUCAGAAGGUGGAGCACUGCAUGGAGCUCAACUAUUUCGGUAAAGCCAACGACGCCGGCUGCCACAACCUCAAGCCCUUCAUAUGCUCCAAAAACUCAUUUUGACGCUCCGCAUCAUGACUGUGUCGCAUGAUGUCACGCCCCAUCACUGACAUCACUGCUGGACCACCCACCCCGCUGUUCUUUCC